AUGGGCCAGCUCGGUGCGCUGGCUGAGUGCAAGAAGCGCAAGGUGCCUCAGACGGCCGACCCGGACACAGCCGCCUCUGAUCCGGAGCUCGUGUCCAGCCGCAAGAAGCGCAAGCUGUGCCCGCCCAAGAAGCACUCCUUCUCGCCCGACGACACCGAGACCAUCGUGGCCAAGAAGAAGUGUUUCCCACUGCUCAAGCCCAAGCUGAAGCCCAAGCUGAAGGCGGAGGUGAUCCUCAAGGACCGGCUGAGCGACAGUGAGGAGCUGACGCCGCCGGCCGCCGCCCCCACUAACGGCGAGGCACAGACCGCUCGCCUGGAGCCGGCGCUGACCGCCGCCGACCUGGCCGAGGAAGCCCGCCUGCUGGUGCUGAUCGACGGCCUCUUCUACCGGAGCCAAGUGCGGCCCAUCCAGCCGCCGGACCUGUACGGCGUCACGGUGGAGGGCGAGCGCUGCCACCGGCCCACCAUCUACACCCAGGAGGACCUGCUCAACCAGGCGGUGCGCGAGGUGCGGCCCGUCUCGUUCUCGUCGCUGCGGCCGGGCACGCGCGUGCUGGCCAACUGGUCGCCGAAGCUGCGUGGCCUGUUCCCGGGAACGGUGACGGAGGGCGCCUCGCCAGAGCCGGGCAUGAUGUACGUCGAGUUCGACGACGGCGACAGCGGCUACAUGAGGCUGGAGGGCAUCCGUAUGCUGCCGAAGGACUACCCGCCUGUCGAGCACGACCAGGACCCGCUGGACACGCUGAGCAGGCGUCGGCGGCGAGCAUCGUCGGGCACGUCGGCCACCUCCAGUCAGCGGGCUGCCAGCCGGCUGAGCGUCAGUGACGAACGCUGGGAGCCGCCGCCGCCGCUGGCCGGCGCCGAGCUGGCCAGGCCGCGCCACAUGGACUCGUCCAAGCCGCCCCGAACGGACGAGUCCACGCCCGCCAGGGGGGAGGACGCCGACGCCGUCUGGCGGGACGAGUCCAAGAAGCGGGCGAAAGCGGAGUGCGAAGUGGAGAAGAAAGACGAGCCGCUGCACAGACGCAGGGAGGAGUCGGAGCAGAAGGGUGGGACGAAACAAAAACGAGCCGACAGUUCGAAAAAGCGACGACUUGAGGAGCAUGGGCAAAAGCGAAAAGAAGCGCCUAAGCAGAAGAAGACGGCGCAGGCGAAGCAGGCAAGGACGGAACCCACCAAGUCGCAGAAGAAAGAGCAAUCCAAACAAACUGCGCGCUCCAAAACAAGCCAGCACCCGGCGGAGAAUGGCAAGUCAGAAGGGCUCAAUACGAGUGCAACCAAACCGGCAAAGCAGCGCAAGCAAAAGCGAAGCAAAGAACCUCCGGAGCCCGCCUCCAAUGGCGUGGGACACGAGCGCGAGGUCGGGUCAGACGCCCGUGGGGAGCGGCGAGCGGAGAAGAAGAAGUCGGCCAAGCGGCGCCUCUCGGCCGGAGAGAGCUACGUGGUGGAGCAGGAGUCGGAGCUGAAGAUCCGUAUCAAGUCACCGAGUCCCGGGCGACGCCAGAGCGAGGAUGCGCAGCUCAAGCGACAGCCGGCCGCCGACGCCAAGAAAAGGAAAAAGUCCGAGGGGCGUCAGCGGCACCCGUCCGGCAUGGCAGCCUUCCUGCCCGAGCGUCAGCUCUGGCACUGGUCCGGCAAGGGCGUGAAGCGGCCGGCCAGCAAGGGCAAGGCUAAGCGCGAGGUGUACAAGGGCAUCGCCCGAGGCCCGGAGGAGAUCAGCGUGGGCGACUGUGCCGUGUUCCUGUCGGCCGGCCUGCCGGACCGGCCGUACGUGGGCCGCAUCCACGCGCUCUGGGAGGCCACCUCUGGCCAGAUGCUGGUCCAGGUCGCCUGGUUCUACCACCCGGAGGAGACGUGCGGUCUGGACCGGCCUCUCAACGAGCCCAAGGGCGGCCUCUUCGAAUCGCCGCACAUGGACGAGAACGACGUACAGACAAUCAGCCACCGGUGCCGGGUGGUGAGCCUGGCCGAUUACCGACGGCUGGCGCACGCCGCCGCCGACAACGAGACGUUCUACCAGGCCGGCUUCUACGAGCCACGCAGCCAGAAGCUGACGUUCGAGCCGCAGGUGGUGGACUGAGCGGCGCUGGCGCCCGCGCGCGCCGCCGACACGUGCCUGCUCAGCGCUCGCCGCACGCGCCAGAAUCGUAUUUUUGUGACGCGUGACGCAGCGCCGUAGUAUUUUUGCGACGCGAGUCGGAGUGCCGUAGUAUUUUUGUGACGCUGCCGCGGCCGCAGGCGGCGGCCGGCCGGCUGCGGGCGGACGUAGCCGAAGACAAAUAUCAGGUGGUGUUUCAGGUGCCGGGCCUCCGCGGGGGCAGCUCGGCUCGGCUAUUUUGUUAACCCGAGUCGGUAUUUUGAGCGACUGACGCGCCGCCUUGUGGGCGUUUGUCGCGCGCGGUUUGUGGCGCCCGCCGCGCCAGGCCGCCGCGUUCGGAGGAGAGAGCGAGAGAGCGAGAGAGCGAUGUGGGCCCGGCUCGGAGGCCUGCGCCGCGCCGGCUCUGUGUGUGACCCCACCCCUCUAGUCACGUGACAGGUCGCCGAGGUGCGCGAUGCACGACGUUGCAGGAGACGAUGCAUUUACUGUGGUGGUGUCGGUGGCGGCGUGGCUGGCGCGUGGCGAGCGCGGGCGACGGCACGAGCGUGGGAUGUUUUCGGGUGUCGCCAGAGGCGUCAGCUAGCGGGAGCGGUCUCAGACUAAAGCCAGGCAUGUGCCAGCGGCCCAGGAGCGGUGCCCGGCGCCGAUGGAGAGCGUUGGAGAAGGAUCUUUGAGGGUAAGAAGGCUGUGCGGAGGAAAGUGUUAUUUUUCCCCUUUUUCUAAGAUCGUGUCUGAACCACUGACCGACGACGUGCUGCGGUCUUUGCAUCAUGCUUGUAAUUAACUGGUGAAUAUUGACGCGGAACUCUUCAGUUCGGAAUUCUCUGCUAUUGUCUUUACUUGUUUCGUUUGACGGAAUUUUGCUUGUCAUUUGGAACCAGUGGUGCGGGGAGGACCGGGCGGAAGGGGUUGGUGAAAUGGGUCCGGAGCAGUGGCUCAUAUGCGGGCCGCGUGUAAGUACCUGACUAGUCCGUCUCCCACGGGACGGGCUUCUGUGCACGUGUGUUUGUGCACUGCCACGUUAUUGAUGGUGGCUCGUUCUCAAAUGGCCGAGUGACGUCAUCAAAAGCAGCUCCCACUGCAGUGCCUGGGAAGGAGCCGAUGCUGGCGACGUGGCAGAGUCUGCCGUUGGCCGUGCUCGAUUUGCUCGCUCGUUUUAUAGACAUCGUCCAGCCCAUAUCCCGGCCUUCAUUUCAGAGUUGACCCUGUACAUAUGUGCGCUUUUGUUAUUGUGACUAUAUGCUACACGCUAUGCCUAGAUUUGUAAUAAAUUUAUCUCUGAACGUC